AUGGAUCCAUUUUCUCAGCCAGCUAACUUUGUUGACUUAUUAAAUAGUCAACAAGAACCAACCCUCACUGAUGGUUUUCCAUCCAUCGACCCACUACCUGUCUUCAGCACGCAGUGGUCGCCAUGCGCAACGGUUGGUGACACACCUGGUCAUCGAGGCGAUAGGAGAACUUGGACCCCCAAAGAAGACGUGCUGCUCAUCAGCGCUUGGCUGAACACAAGUAAGGACCCUGUUGUGGGUAACGAACAGAAAUCGGGCGCGUUCUGGCAAAAUAUUGCAAUUUAUUUUGCAGAACAUAUGAACCCGACAGAUGGUGUUCCACGUGAGUCAGGGAAAUGCAAACAACGGUGGCACAAGCUAAACGACCCCGUGUGCAAGUUCUGCGGAGCGUUUGAGACGGCCACGAGAGAGAAGACAAGCGGAAUGAACGACAACGAUGUCCUCAAGAUGGCUCAUCAAAUUUACUACCAAGAUCACAAGAAAAAAUUCAACGUAGAACACGCCUGGAGGGAGUUGCGAUAUGACCAGAAAUGGUCUGAACUUUCGACAGCAAAAACUGAUGGACCUUCGAAAAAACGAAGGAUUGAGGAUCUUCCAUUUUCACCGAAUGAGGAGAUGCCGGAAAACAGGUGUGUCGAUCAAGUUCAACCUACCAACCGACCUAUCGGAAUAAAGGCGGCGAAGGCAAAGAACAAAAAAACGUUGGGUGAAGGGAAAACUCUAUGUGAGUUUGAGGGGAUGUGGGUUAUUAGGGAGAAAGAGAUGGCAAUCCAAGAAAGGAUGUCAAAAAUUGCUCUUCUUGACACUCUAAUGGCGAGGAAGGAGCCAUUGGCUGACUUUGAGGAAAACAUGAAGAAGAAGCUUGUCCAAGAACUGUUCUCUGAUUAG